AUCCCCACUCCUGAAAGGCUCGCUCCAGUAUGUUAUAGAACUCAAUGAACGGAACGCACUUAUGCCGAUGACAAACUAACCUAUCUGAUUAACCUCUUUUGUCGUCUCGAUUCUUAGGCAUUAUUUAAAAAAUUCUAAUUAUUAGGAGUGUUUUAAACGGAAAGAAACAUGUUGAAAUUUCCAAGAUUACUCGUAAAUCACGUAAAAACAUUGGCAACGCCUACUUUGCCGAACAAAGUGGAUUGUUUAUCCCAACAAACACGGAAUACCUUCAUUUUGAAAAGAAGACAUCAACCUUCUUUUCAUAAAAAGAAUUGUAGACCAAAACAUUUGAAAACAAAACAUUACAUUUAUGAUCUUGUUGAAGAUACAAAUACCAGUAAACAGGAGCCACUUGAUUUGAUUUUGACACAAUAUGUAGCAGGACUCGGUAGUGCAGGCACCAGGGUAACAAUGCGUCCAAAACCAGCAUACUCUACACUUUUAUUACCAAAAUUAGCAGAUUACGCUACUCCCGAGAACAUAGAAAAAUAUUCAAAAUUAGUGGAUCAAGGAGAUAAUAUGCCAUUUAGCUCUGCAUCUGUAGAAGGAACAAUAAAGUAUCUGUCACAAAAACGAAUAUCAAUUGUGAUGUCAAAGGACAUGCCGUGGACAUUGGAGAAAUGGCAUAUUAGAACAAGUUUCCGCAAAGCUGCUAUCUAUCUGUCGGAAGAUACUAUAACGAUGCCAGAAAAACCGAUAUCUGGUCCAAACUUAGAGAUAGAAGGAAAGGAAUUUUUCGUGACUCUCACGAUCAACAAUCGCGAGCAGGUAAAGGUGAGAUGCUGUCUGCAUCAUUGGACACCAGAUAAGGCUGCACAAAUUUGCAUCGACGAGUUUUGGAAGCUGCCGACUGAGCCGAUAUUUCCCGAGAACAAACCAAUUUUAGAUUCCCUUCCUGCCUUUUGGGUAGAUAAGAAAAAAGAUAGAAUAUAAAUGUUACAUAUUGUAUUAUAAUAUAAAUAAAUAAUAUUUAAAAAUA